AUGGUCCUGGCUGCUUUGCCCUGUGUCCUGCGGUUGGAUUCUGUGAGGCAUGCUCAGGCAAGCUCCAAAGUUGCGACAUGGAUGCAUUGACCUAUGAUGAUGUACAUGUGAACUUCACUCGAGAAGAAUGGGCUUUGCUGGAUCCUUCACAGAAGAGUCUCUACAAAGAUGUGAUGCAGGAGACCUACAGGAACCUCACUGCUAUAGGUUACAAUUGGGAAGACCAUAGUAUUGAAGAACAUUGUCAAAGUUUCAGAAGACAUGGAAGGUAAUUUUCAUGUGCAAGUUGAUAUGAACAUGCCUCUGAAGAAAUGUUAGGAUGUCCUGGAACUUUUAAAGAAACGCAACAGUAUAAAAAGAAAAGCACUUCUCUAAGUUUAUUGAUUAUUAAAUUCUCACAAAUCCAUGUACCUCAA